GCUUUACUCUGGUCCAGAGGAUGUGACUACGGACGCUCGCGCGCCUCAUCGGCCCGUUCACUCGGUUUGUUUCUGUCCUUCUUCGUGUUUUCCGUCGGAAUGGAGCUCGGUCGGAAUUAGCGGGAGUCGCGCUCCUCGCCUCUGGAGAUGAUCCACCGGCAGCUCGCUGUGUCCCAGGUUUUGGUCUGCUUUGGGUUGACUGGUCAUUAUGCUGAUGCAGCUCUGUAGUAUCAAGAACUUGUACCAGAACCGGCUCCUGGGCCUGGCAGCCAUGGCGUCCCCGACCCGCGGCAGCCAGACCCGGCAGCGCUGCAAGGACGCGGCUCGCCACAGCUACGGGCCGGACAGCUACGCCGUGAACGGUCUGACGCAGGAGGGCUUCAUGCUGGGGCUGCCGCGCUCCACCAGCGACACCGAUCUGGUCUCCCCGGACGCCCGCUCCACCCUGGCCAUCAGCUCCUCCCACUACACCGUAGGCCAGUCCGAAGACAUGGUGGUCACCUGGGACAUCAAGGAGGAGGUGGACGCGGGAGACUGGAUCGGCAUGUACCUCGUCGGUGAGGCUCUGUCUGAGAACUUCCUGGACUACAAGAACCGAGGCAUCAACGGCUCUCACAGGGGACACAUCGUUUGGAAGAUCGACUCCAGCUGCAACCUCUGUGACUCGGAGAGCCAGGUCUGCUUCAGGUACUACCAUGGGGUCACCGGAGCCCUGAGGGCCACCACGCCGAGCAUCACCAUAAAGAAGGGCCCCGCGCCUGUGUUAAAGCCGGUGGUCGUUCCUGAAGUCAACCCCGGACUGGGCAACAGGAGACUGGUUAACUUCUCCUUGUCAGACCUGCAAGCAGUUGGUUUGAAGAAGGGCAUGUUCUUCAAUCCCGACCCCUACCUGAAGCUCUCCAUCCAGCCCGGAAAGCACAGCAUCUUCCCCUCGCUGCCGCACCACGGCCAGGAGAAGCGCUCCGCCGUGGUCUGCAACACGGUCAACCCGCAGUGGAGCUCAGAGAGGUUCUCCUUCGUGUCCCUGCCCACUGACGUCCUGGAGAUCGACGUGAAGGACAAGUUCGCCAAGAGUCGGCCCAUCAUCAAGCGUUUCCUGGGGAAGCUGUCGGUGCCCGUCCAGAGGCUGCUGGAGAAACACGCCAUCGGGGAUCGAGUAGUGAGCUACUCUCUGGGCCGCAGGUUGCCAACCGACCACGUGUGUGGUCAGCUGCAGUUCCGCUUCGAGCUGACCUCCUGUAUUCACCCGGACGAUGAGGAGAUGUCCCUGGUCAUAGAGGCAGCCUGUCCCCAGGGGGGGGCUGCAGCCAAUGGUGCAGUCGAGGAUGACACACUGAGUGUGGGACCGGACAUGCCUGACCUCCCCCUGGACGCCGCCCAUGCGCCCGAGACCUCGGCGCCGCCCCCCCCACCUGAGGAAGUCCUUCCCGAGGACGAGAGCGCCGUGAGGGAGGGGCCACGGGUGGAGCCGGAGGAGGGGGGCCCAGCUGGACAGCAGGCGGAGAACGGCGAGGGGGGGGCGCAGAAGGAGGAGCAAAUAGCAGGGUGUGAUCCACAAGCUGAGGAGGAGGCAACAGUAGAAGCGGACGAGGAGGUUGGGGGGGGGACGCAGCCGAAGCCGGACUCUGACAACCCUGAAGUGGAAUCAGCAACCAGUGGGACCGCUUCUACCGAGGCCCCCACCGAGGGCAGCGUCUCCUUGCAGGAGGCCCCCUCCGAGGGGAGCAGCACCUUGCAGGAGGCCCCCUCCGAGGGGAGCAGCACCUUGCAGGAGGUCACACGGGAGGGGGUGGAGGGAGUGGAAAGAAGCUGCGUCCCCUGCGCCUGCCGCUCCCUCUUCACAAACUACAGCGGCCACGCCCCCCCGCGCCGCAAGACCCGCCCCUGCUCCCUCCCCGUGUCGGAGCUGGAGACGGUGAUCGCGUCGGCCUGCGGCGAGCCGGAGACGCCGCGGUCCCACUACAUCCGCAUCCACCACCUCCUGCACAGCCUGCCCUCCGCCCAACACAGAACCCUGAGCCAGGAGGGGGGGGAGCCGGGAGGGGGGGAGGACACAGGCGACCGAGACACCACCUCCACAUCGCCGACGCUCAAGAAAGAGGAGGGGCAGGAGGAGGAGGAGGAGGAUACAACGCUGUCUCCAUCUCAGGUCGCCGAGUGCCCCGCCCCUUGUUGCCGCCGCUCCCUGCCCCGCAGCCUCUCCAUCGAGCGCCUCUCUGAGCUCAACCAGCUCCUGGAGGGGGACGGAGGAGGAGGAGGAGGACCCGCGGCCGUCAGGAGGAGGUCCCGCUCCUGCCUGGAGAGCGAGGAGGGGGACUCCAGCACCGGAGGAGAGAGGAGAGUCGGCGGCACCGCGUGUGAGUUUUGCGACACCUCGUGCUACAGCACCUCCUGCUACAGCCCCUCCUGCUACAGCACCUCCUGCUACAGCAACUCGGGCUACGAGGGGAGGAGCCGCGUCUGCAGCCACACCCGCCUCUCCUCGGUGGACAGCAACAGGCUCUCCGGCAGCACCGUGUUCUCCUCCCAGGACGAGGACGAGGACGAGGAGAGCGCCUUCGAGGCGCUGCAGGACGCCCGGCGCCCGGCGGAGGCCCAGGAGGGGGGCCGGGCAGGAGGAGAGAGGAGCGCGGGGCGGAUGAAGGAGGCCGGGAGAGGAGAGCAGGGGGAGACGGCUGUGGCGGGGCCCAGCGACGGAACCGACACGGGCUCCUCCCCUCCUGCUGGCCAUCCAGUCCUGCGACCCAGCCAUGACCUAAACCAUUUCCCUGCUGCCACUGACCAAGCCUUACCUCCAAACUGGGAAGCUCGCAUCGACAGCCACGGCAGAGUCUUCUACGUGGACCACGUCAACCGCACCACCACGUGGCAGAGACCCGUCCACAGCAGCAAGUGUCACCACGGCGUCCCCCGCUCGGGGUCCACGCAGCAGAUGGAGCAGCUCAACAGGAGGUACCAGAACAUCCAGAGGACCAUGGCCUCCGAGGAGGACGGGGGGAGCCCCGUGCUGGAGCGCAGCGGCAGCACAGAGGCUGAUUGUGAUUCGCCUCCUGCAGGCCCCGCCUCCCCUGUCAAUCACCAGAAGAUCAGCCACCUGCUGCAAUCACCGGCUGUCAAGUUCAUGACACACCCCGAGUUCUUCACCGUGCUGCACAGUAACUAUGCGGCCUACCGGAUGUUCACCAGCAGCAGUUGUGUGAAACACAUGAUCCUGAAGGUGCGUCGCGACGCCAGGAACUUUGAGCGCUACCAGCACAACCGGGACCUGGUGGUCUUCCUCAACAGGUUCGCAGACCCUCAGCUGGAGCUUCCCCGAGGCUGGGAGAUCAAGACCGACCCGCAGGGCAAGUCUUUCUUUGUGGACCACAACAGCCGAGCGACGACCUUCAUUGACCCCCGCAUCCCGCUGCAGAACGGCCGGCUGCCGGGCCACCUCGCUCACAGGCAGCACCUGCAGAGACUCCGCAGCUACAGCGCCGGGGAGGCCUCGGACGUGUCCAGGAGUCGGGGGGCUUCUCUGAUGGCCCGGCCCGGAAACAGCCUGGUCGCCGCCAUACGGAGCCAGCACAACGCCCCGAUGAGCGCUCCGUCGUACAACGACAAGAUCGUGGCCUUCCUUCGACAGCCCAACGUCUUUGACAUGCUGCAGGAGCGCCAGCCCAGCCUCGGCAGGAACCACGCCCUGAGGGAGAAGAUCAACUACCUUCGCACAGAAGGCACCCAGGGGGUGGAGAAGCUGUCAUGUGAUGCCGACCUGGUCAUCCUGCUGAGUCUCUUCGAGGAGGAGAUCAUGUCGUAUGUUCCUCCUCACCCCAUCCACCCCGGCUUCAGCCUGUCUCCUCGCUGCUCCCCCGCCUCCUCCCCACAGAACUCUCCUGGCCUGCAGAGGGCGAGGGCUCCUGCUCCUUACCGAAGAGACUUUGAAGCCAAGCUGAGAAACUUCUACAGGAAGUUGGAAGCCAAAGGCUACGGACAGGGCCCGGGCAAGAUCAAGUUGCUCAUCCGGAGAGAACACUUGCUGGAGGGAACCUUCAACCAGGCGAUGGCGUACUCCCGCAAAGAGCUGCAGAGGAACAAACUCUAUGUCACUUUCCUGGGAGAGGAGGGGUUGGACUACAGCGGGCCGUCCAGAGAGUUCUUCUUCCUGUUGUCUCAGGAGCUGUUUAAUCCGUACUACGGCCUGUUUGAGUACUCGGCCAACGACACCUACACCGUGCAGAUCAGCCCCAUGUCAGCAUUCGUGGAGAACCAUCUGGAGUGGUUCCGUUUCAGUGGGCGUAUCCUGGGCCUGGCUCUGAUCCAUCAGUACCUGUUGGAUGCUUUCUUCACCAGACCCUUCUACAAGGCCCUGCUCAGAUUGUCCACGGACCUGUCUGAUCUGGAGUACCUGGACGAGGAGUUCCACCAGUCUCUGCAGUGGAUGAAGGACAACGACAUAACCAACAUCCUGGACCUCACCUUCACUGUCAACGAGGAGGUCUUCGGCCAGGUGACGGAGCGGGAGCUGAAGUCGGGCGGCUCCAACCUCCAGGUGACUGAGAAGAACAAGAAGGACUACAUCGAGCGCAUGGCCAAGUGGAGGGUGGAGAGAGGAGUGGUGCAGCAGACCGAGGCGCUGGUCAGAGGCUUCUACGAGGUGGUGGACUCCAGGCUGGUGUCGGUGUUCGAUGCGCGGGAGCUGGAGCUGGUCAUCGCCGGUACCGUCGAGAUCGACCUCAUCGACUGGAGGAGCAACACCGAGUACCGAGGAGGUUACCACGACGGCCACAUCGUGAUGCGCUGGUUCUGGGCCGCCGUGGAGCGCUUCAACAACGAGCAGCGGCUGCGCCUGCUGCAGUUCGUCACCGGGACGUCCAGCGUGCCCUACGAGGGCUUCGCCUCGCUGCGCGGGUCCAACGGCCUGCGGCGCUUCUGCAUCGAGAAGUGGGGCAAAGUCACAUCGCUGCCGAGGGCUCACACCUGUUUCAACCGCCUGGACCUGCCUCCAUACCCCUCGUACACCAUGCUGUACGAGAAGCUGCUGGUCGCCGUGGAGGAAACCAGCACCUUUGGCCUGGAGUGAGUGGAAGCCCCACAGCAAGGACACGGUCCCUUCCUGUGGGACGCCUGUGGGACGCCUGUGGGACGCCUGUGGGACGCCCGUGGGACACGAGAAAAGAAGCUUCCCUCGCUGGCAUAAAGAUUCCUGGAUUGCACUUCUAACUUUUACUGUUACUGUACCGUGUGUUAGAGCCUCUCAUUUAACUAAUAGGAUCUCCAUGGCAACACCUAGCACUUACUGUGAAAUGACAGCUGCCCAAUGGCACUGGGAAAAGCCCCGUCACACUCAAUCUAAUAUAAAAACUGUGGACAAAAGAAUCUUUAGAUGAAUUCCUACUCGUUGAUCACCUGAACAACCUCCAGCCUGCUGUGCUGCUGUAAAGAUGAGAGAAACAGAAACAAUUCUACGUAGUCCAGCAGAAUGUGUCCAUGGGCUUUAGAGAAGUAUAAUGCAGAGUUUAAAGGUGGAUGAGAACUGGGAGCCCCGAAGCCAAAGGAACUAUGAUGUCUGCACUCUGAGAGGAGACUUUGAAUACAACAUCACGCACAGAUGGGAGGAUUGAUCACUGUUUAACGGCUGUGUGUCCUCACACAGGGAAAUGCUGAAUAGAGAUAGGAGUGUUGUAUGAAUGAGUCAUGAAUACAGGGAUACUUCACACACAAUAAACUCAGAGAGCACACCAACCGAGUACCCUUUAAAUCCCUGCUUGUGACCCCCACUACCGUGGAGACCCCAGAGGUAUUGGUGUCUUGCAGGAAGGUCUACAUGUGGACCUGUACCACCCCAGGGUGCGGUCCUCCUCCUAAAGGGCUGCGCUGUUAGUGACUCCAGUGGCCCUCAACAAGACAACAGUGUCCAAAGUAGCCAUCGACCUGCAGUUCAGGCCUCCUCCACUAGAAGCAGUGGACACUGAAUCCUUCUGUCCACGUCCAGCAUCUCAGACCCGCACUGUCCCACAACAAAGCAGCACGCAGCUCUCCAAGAACCCCCCGGUGGACUGCUCAGCUCCCUGCACCGGUCCUACUGCCGGCCGGGGGCCACCGGGGGCCCUGGGACAAACCUGUGUAAUAUAUGCAAUAGUUGAGACCUUUGCUGCGAUGGUCUGCAUGGUCCCUGUACAGGAGCCUGGUCUCCGGAUGCUUGCUGGCGCCGACCCAAAGGCCCCUCGGCUCUCUGCUGUCCACAUGUUGGACUGGAGUCAGGGUGGGGCUGACGGAGGACACGGCGAGCAUCACCGUCACCACACGCUAACACAGUCCAUCGCCAUGAUGACAAUCUUUCCCCGACCCCAACGUACCGUAGUUGCCAAGCGACGAUCUUGUGCAAAACAAAACCUUUUUGUUGUGUUGCAGUUGGGAGACACGCCAACGUCACAGGUUAUCCACCCGCGGCAUGCUGGGAUGGGAUCCAGCCCGGAGCAGAUAAACGCAACACACGGCCCCCGUUUGGCUGAGUUUGACCUCAGCUGGACCUUUGGCUCGGGUUCAAAGGUCACGUUUUUAUUGUUUUUACCCAAAUGGUGCUUUAUCUGCGUACGAGCUGCAGAAUUUACCACCACGGGUACUGGGCUUUUCAGCAACACUUUCCUGCAAAAGUAUAUAUAUAUAUAUAUAUGGAUAUCCAUAUAUUAGCCAGAUCAGUAGAACUACAAUCAUCCUAAUGGCUGUGACGAGGCCUUGUCCACGCAUCGCUACAUCCAACAGGACCAGGUGGUGAUCAUGCAUCUCCCCCCUCUUUUCUUCUUUUUUUCUACAAUCUUUUGUACUGUUAUUUAUACUGACUUGUAUUUAUGAGGAAAGGGAAGUUGCGCAGCUUUCCUUAAAUGUUUUCUUUGUUGUUGUUUUGAUGAUAUUAUGAUCAGAAUCUGGGGUUUGACGAAGCUCUUCUGUUUCCGUUUCCAUUCUUAUUGGUCUACCCACGCUCGGUGGUCACAUGACCUAUUCAGGUUCUGUUGAUGUUUUCCGCCCAUUUCUUGCUAUGCCAUAGAUGUCAGCUGCAUGAAUCCAGCAAAUACUCGCGUCCGGACAUUACAAAAAAAGAUCAUAUAUGUCAUUUGUGGAAACUGUGGAGACUGUGUAUGGAAGUCUUGUUUUUAUUGGGUUGAUCAUGUGGAACAAACUAUUGUGGAAAAGUAAUGGCUGCCACUGUGUAAGUGCAUUGAUAGUAGUCAUUGUAGACCUUGUGCAUUUAAACAGGCUUAUGGGGAGGUGUCUGCCGAAAGGUACGCUGUUUGUGUCUUUUCAUUGCUCUCAUUUCUUUUCAAAGGGGAAUAUUUGGAAGGCGUGAUGGGUGGCGGGUGGCCCUGAAGCCGAGUAGUGCGUUUUACAGUUUGUACAUAAUGUUACAGGGUUGUGCUCUAUCUCCACCACACAACUGAGCUCAUGACUCAAUAAAACAGUCACUUUGCUAUGCUG